UAAAAAUUUAAAAUGUAAACAAACACUUACAAAAUCCGUUUCUGUUGUAAAUUAAACUUGAAUAACUUAAAUACAGCCUGAACUCAACGUAUUCAAGAAAUCAUAAUAUUUAUUUAAACUUGUUCCUUAUAAAAUGUGGUUGCACGGUUUUAGGAAUCUUAGAAGAAAAGCGUUACAGGUAUCACAGUGCUCAAGUUGCAACAUACUCGCUAUAUCAAAGGAAUUUUACAGCCAAGAAAUUGAGACUAAAUACAAUGAAGAUCAGAAAGAUAAAAUUCUAAAAGUAGUCAAUGAUUCAGAUGCAAAUGUUUUAUCUAAGUACGAAAUAACUAAAGGUAGACUUAAAAAGAUAAGUCAAUGGAAGAACAGUAAUGGAAAAGUGAAAUCUUUAUCGGAUAUUGAAUUUAUUGAUGGGUUUAACAUAAAGACUGCAACCAAGCUGUUUGACAGUAUUGUUGAAGAAAGAACAGAAGAAAAAAGUGAACCAAGUGGUAAAAGUAAUAAAAUAAAAGGACAGAUAUUGCAGCCUCAAAUGUCUGAAGAAGUAAGAAAUAACUGCAAAACUGCACUUGCAAUAUAUGUAACAGUGAAUUCUGUUUGCUGGACACUGAUAGAUAGGAGCAAAUAUGAAGUUCUGCAGUGGCAAUACUAUGGCAUAAACCACCCAGAGGGAAAGAAGUUUCAGAUAACAGAUAUUUUAAAUGUUGCAUGGCAAGUGAGCUCGCAGCUCCCUCUAGCGGACGUGUGUGUGAUGAAAGCGGAAGCCACGACCCUGCGCGCCGCCGGCAGCGACCCCAACAACCCCAAGGUCAUCGCCGUCAACCUGCAGAAGGCUCAGCUGGUCGCCAUGAUUGUGGCUCUGGUUAACGCGAGGAGUUAUCGAGUGGAUGACAGUGAGGAUGGAGAAUUCAUUCAAAAAGUUUACUUCCUUAGACCUACGCUACCGUUUAGACUCUACGGGACUCUAGUCGGCAACGAACGCGUGUCCACAGACCAAACAAUAGAAAUGAUUCUCCAAGACGUCACACAGAAAACCACAGAUGGCUCUAAAGUAUACAUUUCAGAUGAACUAAAAUCCAUGUUCAGAGCACAGAAAGAUCUUCAAAAGGACAUGCUUGGACAUUGCCUGUUAUUAGCCCUUACUUUCAUGGACUUGUGUGUCUAUAAGAACCAAAACCGGCUAAGAACUUUGUUGAAAGUCGACGACGUUUGAUGUAAGUUGUGAAUAGU